CUCCAUGUAAGUAAAUUCCCUCCAUCAAUAGGACAACUGUUCUAUCAGCUUCUAAGUCUUAAGAAUGUUGGGGACACUAAGAAACUGAGUGACUUAUCCAGCAUCACAUGAUCUAUGUCAGAGGCACAAGACCCAGAGGGUCUUUCUGACUGAAUCAAUUUAUCUACCAAUUCAGUGUUUUUUAAUUAUAGGCAUGUGCCUAUACCAUGUUUUCAUUGCAUCUCCAGAAGAUACAGUCUGGCAUUCCACUUAGUCUUUGCUUUUGCAUUGCUGGUCCUUUCAUAUUUAGUUCUCCCCAUCAUCCCCCCGGCCUUGUCUCUGGUAGCUGAAAAGGCAGGAGCCCAGUUUGCUAAGCUGGUAUUGGUAGGUUAAUUUUCAAGCAAAUAGAGUUAAGUUUGAUAAGCUGUUUCCAUUUCAGAGCAUUUUUACAAGUUGACCAGCAAGCCUAGAUGUUGACUGAUCAGAUCAAGUUAAUUCCUUGUGGAAUAUGUGGGCUACAUUGGGCAUAUUGAUGGCUGGUUAUUUCUGGCCCAUCUCUAAUACACGAGGUACAGGAAGAGCUGUGGAGCAGACAAAAUCUCCAACUCACUACGCUGCUAGGGACUGGAAGAUAUGGAGACUAUAGACCUGAUGGACAAUCUGAUGUCCCUGCAAUUUGAGCAGGGUGUUCGAGAGGAAGAGAUCCCUUGGCUGUUUCUUCAGAGCCGUUCCCGAGGAUUGAUGAUCCAAGCCUGUGCCCAUGCAGCUUUUUUCUGCAAACUACUCCAGGCCUUGAGGAAAAUGGAUGGGAACACCUCAGUCUCUAUGCUUCCUUCAGAGGAGGAGGAGGAGGAAGACCUGUAUAAAAAGCCUUCUAAAAGAAAUCUGAAAGUAGGCAUCAUUGGAGGUGGACGACUAGGAAAGCAGCUGGCUCUAGUGUUACUCCAACGGGCCUCCAUCCCUGCCCAUAGCCUUCAUAUCUCUACUCGGAGGCCAGAGACCCUGAGUGACCUCCAGAAGAUGGGGAUCCAGUGCUUUUACCAUAACUGUUUUCUGGUAGACUGGGCCAAUCUGGUCUUCCUCUGCUGUCUGCCAUCCCAGCUGCCUCAUAUUUGCUUGGAAAUCAACACUAGACUUCAGAAAUCCUGCAUUGUGUAUAGCCUGGUCACAGCUGUCCCUCUGCCUAGGCUGAAGCAGCUGCUAUGCCACACAAGCAUCUUGCGCCCCCAGUAUCAGUGUGCUGAAACUUAUAUUGAUAUAUGGGGGUCCAACGAAGACAUCGAGUCUGCACUUCAAGAUCCUGAGAUAGUUCGGGCCACUUCUCCUUACAGCACAGAUGGAGGAAUAACUCUCAACAUCAAGUGGCUGGAGGCAGUCUUAUAUGCAGCCCUAAAUACCUGCACUUUAAAGGAAAUACCCUACCAAGAAGCUCUAGAGAUGCUCAGUGACUUGUGCCUCUCUGUGCAUCCGAAAACGUGUGGGGAGGAUAAGACUAAUUGCCCGAGGUUCAUUGUCACAGAGUUUGUCAACCAAGCCUUUGCCAAGACCCUAAAGCCAAGCAAUGUUUUCCCUUGGUUUGACUUGAUCACUGUGCAGCUCAAGGAAACUCCCUUUAGCCAGCACCUAGGGAAAAGUAUUUCCCUUCAGGAACACUUAACUGGUCUUUACUGUGCCUCAUUUGGUAUCUCACUUUCGCAAGAAACAAAAGAAGAGGAAGAAGGAGAAGAAGAAGAGGAGGCUUCAGGCCCAUAGUCCUGAAAGUCAAGUUUUUCAGCAGCUUGGAGAUUCUUCAGAUUAACCAGCAUGAUCUACUCCCCAGGUCAGCCCCCUUGAAUAGGAUGGGCCUUGACUUUCACUGCUGGCAGUAGUGGCUGCUUUAUUUAACAUUAGCUUGUUGGUAGAUUUACAAAAAUAUAAAGGUUUUGAUUAAUUUGAUGAUAACUACCAAGCCAAGAAGGUGAAACAUGUCAUAGUAUUGUGUUUGCCACAAACUGAGCACUAAGGAAAAGGAAAAAUUGCACUGUUGGCUCUUAAAAUUGUAGAACAAAACCAUAUAUUCCUUUAAUCAGAGGUGAAUUUGGCUGUUGGUAAUUGCCAGUAUAAUCUAAGCAUUAUGACUCACCUAAGAAUACAGUCUCUUGAUACUGACUCUUGUUCAAAAGUGUAAAAUCUAUAUAGUUCCAAUGUCAAUAUAGUUACAUUCUGCAACUUCUUUCCUAUAGCAAUCUAUAGGAAUAUAUUCAGAAUAAGAAAAAUGGGUGGAUAUGACAACACCGAUAAAACAAGGAGAUGGGGCAAACCAGCUGACCAAGUUCUGAUUUUCUUCAUGCUUCUUAUUUCAACUAGAUAAGACUUUAUUUUUGUCUUGUCCUGUCAAAAGUUGUUUCAAUGAGUCAUUCUUUUAAAGUAGUUUAUAUUUAUUUUAAAUAAUGAAAAAUCAUUUUGCAAAAUAUAAAAUUUUAUUUUUUAAAUAAAUGUAGUAAGUCCAAAUACAUUUACUUCCAAAAUGUUUUAUAAAUCUUCCCCCCCACACACACACAAUAAUAAGAACAAAAUCGAAAACAACAGUAGUAACAGUAAUGGUGUCAAGGUUGGCAGACAGGAUGACACUGUACAGUCUGAGAACUCAGACUCUGAAACAGAAUUAUUCAGUGUAAAUGUAAAUUUCCAUGGUAUUAGUUUAAUCAUCUACAUUUUGGCUUUUGCAUAAUUGUGAGCCAGCCAAGCUCAGUGGCAUGAUGUUAGAGCACUUUUAGACUAAAUCUUGUUAGCUUAGCAUGGGAGGAAAUUAGCUGUUGCAUCCAAAUGUAAUGUCUGGCACGAAUACCAAUUUGAGAAACGGUUUCUUUUCUCUCAGUUGGAGGAAAUAAUAUAUUGAAUAUUCAGCCAGACGCUAGGAAUUUUUAGUAGAUGUCACAGACCCUUCUGGCUUAGUAUAGCCCCAGAAGAGUUUUAAGAUUUUAAAAGUAAAAUAGAGGAGAAAGAACAGUGAAAGUUUAUGAAGCCAUACUGGUGUCUUAAUUCAGUUUUAGCAGCAAUAAUUAAUUUAAAAUUUCUUGUGUGGAGAAAUCAUGCAUAGGUGAACCUCAACUUUGCUGCCGUUUAAGACAUGCUUGAGCAACACUACAAAUAUAGUGUAUUAGCUAAACUCAAGGCCCAAAUCUAUAAUAAAUGACAGAUUUCAACCCACUUGUUUCUUCUGUAGCCCAAUUUGUUCAUACUACCAUACUGCAUUACUUGAAUAAUACAUUAAAAACCAUCA